GGGAAACAAGAAGACAUUUUGUCUGGUCCAUGCAAGACAACUACAACGGCCUCACCCUGCUUAGGACUGUGGGUUACCUGCACGGUGUCCUCCAUAGUGGCGUAUCUGUAGCUGGGCGGUCCCAGGCUCUGCAGCAAGCUGGCAUGCUGAUGCCGGCUGCUUUCGAUGAAGCGUUGUGUCAUGGCGAGCUGCUGUCUCAGCAUGUUGUUGAGCGUCAACAUGUCGAGCCGGGGGCCUCCGAGACCUGCAGGAAGGCGGAGACACGUGAGAUCGCCUGGCACAAGUAUUUGUGCCCGUCUGCUUCUCACCUUCUGGAGGAGCCAAGGAGGGGGAGGAGUAAGCCAUGCCCACUGCAGGUCCUGAGGGAGGUUGGUAGGCGAAGCCAGAGAUGAGAAAACUGCUUCGCCAAAGUCGUUUACUUCCUGUUUGAGGGACUAACCUGGGAACCACAGAGUGUGUGCGUCCGUCUGUGCCGCCACAUCUUUGAAGUGGUUGCUAGGCGACGACGAGGACCUAGACCCACUGCUGGGGGACCUUCGACUGGUACCUGACGUCCGCAAGGCGCGGGACUUUCUGGAGUCUGAAAAGGUGCUGGAAAAGUCUUCCGUCCCCACCCAGGACGCGUCUAAACAGUCCUCCACCUCCUCGCCUAUUGACAGGUGCUCUGACACCUGGCUACUGAUGACGUCGUCGCCCACCUCCUUCCUGCUGGCGCUCUCAAAGUCGCUUUCGUAGUCCGCCGCUCGCUGGCCGCUCGGCGAAGUAGGGAGCGGGCCCGCAUGCUCGCCCUCCGCCUGGUGGCAUUGAAGGACGCACAACAACAGCAUUAACAUGACCAGACCUCCUUCCUAACCAGAUGACCAGACAUCCUUCCAGUGGCAUGUUCUUCGAGGUUGCACCUGGACUCCUGCUGUCCCUUCAGUGGCGGGCUCCAGAUCAUCUAAGGUCAUCACGUUGAUCUCAAAGUCGGCUGUCGAAAAAGGACAAUGCAACAUCUGUGUGUGUGUGUGUGUGUGUGUGUGUCUCACAUUGGGACGAGACCGCGCUGGCCUCACUGGCGGGGACGUCCGCCUUGGAUCCAACAGGAAAGAGUUCUUCCAGGGAGAGGAUCUCCUCCGGAGCUGACCUGGAGGAGUCAGAGCGUCUUGGACUUGGGGAGGGGAGGAGACGGACCUCCGAUGUCAGUCUUCUCAGAGGAGGAGGAGAGCUGGAUGAUGGACUGCCUUCAGAGUGGGGAGGAGAUGGGGAGACAGACCCCAGGUCUCCUCUGGUCAGCGUCUGUUGGAAAAAAGGAAAGUGAGCAAAAGUUUUGAUGGCAAACUAAAAUAAACACUACCAGGCCUGCUCUGCUCCUGAAGGAAGAGCUGAUCCACUUCUCUUCUGGUGGACAGUCCUCCGCGUGGUUCUUCACAUCCUCAUCACUUUUCUCAGUCUGAGGCGAGAUCUCUGCGGGUGUGGAUCCACCACCUUCAUGCGGCUCCUCUGGAGAUCCAAUUGGUCUUUUCUUGAGGAACUGCACUUCGCCUUGACUGCUGGGCGAUGACCAGGACACAGGAGCCACCUCUUGGCCUUCGGAGGGCGAGGAAAGGUCCUCAUCAGAACUUGCACUAUGGGUCUGGUCCAGAUGUUCUGGCUGUUGGUGACGGCUGUAGAACUGCCUCUCGAUCUGAGCGAGCUUCCUUAAAGCGGACGUCUGUGACUUGGAGGACAACAACCUGCAGCAUUUAAUAGGUGAGAUUGACUGGCAUUUUGUUAGGCUCCUCCCACAUGAACACACCUGUCAUGUGACUGCUGCCUCACAGGUGAUUGGCUGCUGAGGGGAGGAGGCGGCCUCUUCAAGAACCUGCUGCCUCCUCCCAAAGGGCUCUGAGGUCGGGAAGCCUAAAAGUAGAGAUGAGAUUUCUAACUCCUUGAAGGGAUAGCAAUCUUGAGUUCUUCAAAAGACUGGUUCAAUAUUUUAGUUGUUUUUAUUUUUAAUCAAGGAAACAAUCACUCAUAUCAUUUAAGAUAUAGAUCAGAUUCAUUUAAAUAACAUUACUAAAAAAUUAAAAAAUCCAUCCAUCCAUUUUCUACCGCUUAUUCCCUUUUGGGGUCGCGGGGGGCGCUGGCGCCUAUGUCAGCUACAAUCGGGCGGAAGGCGGGGUACACCCUGGACAAGUCGCCACCUCAUCGCAGGGCCAACACAGAUAGACAACACUCACAGUCACACACUAGGGCCAAUUUAGUGUUGCCAAUCAACCUAUCCCCAGGUGCAUGUCUUUGGAAGUGGGAGGGGCCUAUCCCCAGGUGCAUGUCUUUGGAGGUGGGAGGAAGCCGGAGUACCCGGAGGGAACCCACGCAUUCACGGGGAGAACAUGCAAACUCCACACAGAAAGAUCCCGAGCCUGGAUUUGAACCCAGGACUGCAGGACCUUCGUAUUGUGAGGCAGACGCACUAACCCCUCUGACACCGUGAAGCCUAUUGGCUAUAAAUGUAAUUCUUUUGGUUUUCAUCGUAAACAUUCCAUAAAAAUGUGCCAUGUUUCCAGUGAGAAAAAAAAUGUGUAGCUUUUUAACAAUAUACAAAAAAAUUAUUACGAAUAAAAUGCAAUUAAAUUUAACACAUGCCUGCAACUUGAGAGUUCCCGGUUCAAUCCCCAGUUUCUGCCGUCCAGGGGAGAUGGCUUAAUUACGAGUGUAUACAUAUUUUGGGCCACUGUAACAUUACACACAAAUUGGAAUAUAGGAAAAGAAAACACUGUACUUAAACCAUUAAUCAAAUAAAAUUGCACAUACAAGUUAAACAUUGUACUAAAAUAAAUAUCAAAUACAGUCUAAUGGUUAAAUGAAAAUGUACUGAAAAGUAUAUAGUAUAGUGUAUAUAUUAAGUGAUAUUUAAUGUAUUCUUUGAUGUACCACUAGAGGGACCCCUCAUACCACAGUUUAAGAAUAAACGGUGGUUCUAAACUUAUUUUCCCCAAGUAUCAAUCAAUCAAUGUUUAUUUAUAUAGCCCCAAAUCACAAAUGUCUCAAAGGACUGCACAAAUCAUUACGACUACAACAUCCUCGGAAGAACCCACAAAAGGGCAAGGAAAACUCACACCCAGUGGGCAGGGAGAAUUCACAUCCAGUGGGACGCCAGUGACAAUGCUGACUAUGAGAAACCUUGGAGAGGACCUCAGAUGUGGGCAACCCCCCCUCUCUAGGGGACCGAAAGCAAUGGAUGUCGAGCGGGUCUACCAGUACCAUCUAAGAACCCCCCCCAAGUACCACUAUAAUGACCAACAUUCAAAAUAUAGUAGCGUAAUUGGCCUAUAUAUUCAUUAAAACAUGGCAGAUGUUUUAUUUACAAGUACAUUUAAUAUUUUUGGCCUCAGUAAUAUUACACACCGUUGGAACAGUAACACUUGGUUUGAAUAAAGGAAAAUAAAACACUGUACUUAAAUGAAGUUAUUCUUUGGUGUACCACUAGGUGGAGCCUGUACUACAAUCACUGUUUCAGUCAGUGAGCAACUACUGACACUAAAAAACAGCAUCGCUUCUCAUCUUUCACUUUAAAAAGAGCCGUUCAAAGGCCCAGCAGCUCCGCAGACUUCCGAAGGGGAACUCACCUGGGACACAUCGCUCAAGUCUGACACGGCCUGAUGGGCAGCAGGUGCAGCGUGGCGGCUUUUCACGUCCUGUCAGGAAACCCAGGCAAGACCAUGAGCGUGUUUGGAGCCAACUGGGACAUACUGACUUGUCCAGGGUGUGUCCUGCUCACAUAGGCUCCAGCACCCCCGGGAGGGACAUGCGGUAGAAAAUGGAUGGAUGGGAUGGAUCUGAAAAAGUUGCCUGGAAGCCUCAAAAAAACUUGAAAGCUCAUCUGCCAACAUUCAAGGGAAACAGGAGCUUCUCAAUUGACAAAGAGAGACUUUUACAAGUCAAAGAAAAAGAGAAAAAGGAGAACUUCUACAACUAAGUCAGAGAGAUCUUCAUCCAGAAGGAAAGGCAAAUGGACUUCAUCUCCAAGUAAAGCACACCUCCACCUUUAUGGCCUGCUGAGAGGGCGAGGGGGCGGGCCGGGCAGGUGAGCGACCAUGGCGGUGGCGUUGGACGCCGUGUGGCUGAGGGUGAAGAACGUCUGCAAACAAAAUGGCCUCCUCAUCAUGUCGGUGCUGGCCGUGGUCAUCGGCUGCCUCUUGGGCUUCUUCCUCAGGACGCGGCGCCUCACCGAGCAGGAAGUCAAGUAUUUCCAGUUUCCUGGUGAGCUGCUGAUGAGGAUGCUGAAGAUGUUGAUUCUGCCUCUGGUCGUCUCCAGUUUGAUGUCGGGCCUGGCGGCGCUGGAUGCCAAGUGCUCGAGUCGACUGGGUCUCAUCACCGUGUCCUAUUACCUGUGGACCACCUUUGUGGCCGUCAUCGUGGGCAUCGUCAUGGUGUCCAUCAUCCACCCGGGUGGCGCCGCCCAGAAGGAGGACUCGGAGGACAGCGGGAAGCCCAUCAUGAGUUCUGCCGACGCUCUGCUGGACCUGAUCCGAAACAUGUUCCCGUCCAACCUGGUCCAGGCAACAUUCCAACAGUAUCGAACCAGCAGCGAGUACAUCGUGCAGAACAAGCCCGCCUCGGGUCAGGCGCAGUCCGAGUCCACCACCAGGAGAGCGCUCAUCUACGGCAUCCAGGACGACAACGGAAGCGACAUCCAGAACUUCUCCCUGGACCUGACUCCGCCCCCCGACGUGCUGAUUCGCACCAGGGAAGGAACCAGCGACGGGAUGAAUGUCCUGGGGAUCGUCAUCUUCUCUGCCACCAUGGGUAUCAUGUUGGGGAGGAUGGGUCCAAACGGCAGCGCCUUGGUCAACUUCUGCCAGAGCCUAAAUGAGGCCGUGCUCCGCAUUGUGGCCAUUGUUAUUUGGUACUUCCCGUUUGGGAUCGUGUUCCUGGUGGCGGGUAAGAUCCUGGAGAUGAGCGACCCGUCGGCCAUGGGCAAGAAGUUGGGCUUCUACGCCGUCACGGUGGUGUUUGGCCUGGUGCUCCACGGCCUCUUCAUCCUGCCCGCCAUGUACUUCUUCAUCACCAAGAAGAGCCCCAUUGUUUACAUCCGCGGCAUCCUGCAGGCGCUGCUCAUCGCCCUGGCCACAUCCUCCAGCUCCGCCACGCUGCCUAUCACCUUCAAGUGCCUCCUGGAGAACAACCACAUCGAUCGCCGCAUCAUCCGCUUCGUGCUGCCCGUGGGCGCCACCAUCAACAUGGACGGCACCGCUCUUUACGAGGCCGUGGCGGCCAUCUUUAUCGCUCAGGUCAACAAUUACGAGCUGGACUUUGGCCAGAUCAUCACCAUCAGCAUCACGGCCACGGCCGCCAGCAUCGGUGCGGCGGGGAUCCCUCAAGCCGGACUGGUCACCAUGGUGAUCGUGCUCACCUCGGUGGGCCUGCCAACCGAUGACAUCACUCUGAUCAUCGCCGUGGACUGGGCGCUAGACCGAUUCCGCACCAUGGUGAACGUCAUGGGCGACGCCUUGGCCACGGGAAUCAUGGCGCACAUCUGCAGGAAAGACUUCAUGAAGGAGGGAGACGGGGUGCCGCUCAUCUGCGAGAGCAAGCCGGUGGCCAACAUGAACUGUCACAGCAACAACGGCAACUACCGGCUCCCCUCCUCGGGGGCCAAGCACGCCCUGGUGCCGCCCGAGGUGGCGCGCCUCAUGCAGCUGGAGGAGGGCGUGCGGCCGCCGGCGGAUUGGAAGAAGCCCCGCGUGCCCCCGAGACACCCCAAGAAGCACAAAGACCACUGCACGGUGGACAUGAACGGACUGGAGACCAACGUCUAGGCCUCUCCUCCCGGACUUGGACCUAUCGACGGGAGGAGGGACGGCACGCACCAGCUGGUCCUCCGUCUUUUCUUUCUUGUCCGAGCAGCCAAGACGUCACAAUGAUCCUCAGGAACAUUUGAUGUCCUCUUGGGGGACCUGAACCAGACUGGAGCUUCUGGAUCCAAAGUCACAUCUUUGAUUCUGCCUUAACACAGCUGGGAGUGCCAGACACUGACAAGUCCAGCACGACACCUAGUCCAUCCAUCCAUCCAUCCAUCCAUCAUCCAUCCAUCCAUCCAUUCAUUUAUGGCCUGGGGGUAUUGGAGGACCUCUGUCUCCGCCAAUCAAAGGGAUAUUAUCAGUCUUACUAUUCAUAAUCAUUUUUACAAUUAUAUUGGAAUUUUUGUCUACAAGAAGAUCAAAGGGCAUGAAAGCGCCAUCAGAUGAUGACUGAGGAUCAUCAGCUGGCUGCGUCACGUUGUCACGAUAUCGCUCUCAGCCUCUAGGGCGGUGCUUUUCAACCACUGUGCCGUGGCACACUAGUGUGCCGUGAGAUACAGUCCAGUGUGCCGUGGGAGAUUAUGUCAUUUCACCUAAUUGGAUUAAAUAUAUCUUUUUGCAAACCA